AUGGCGCAGCAGGUGGCCUCCACCAACGCGGACUCCGGCGAGGACUGGAAAAAGGGGCUGACGAUUCCGCCCAAGGACACCCGCUACAAGACUGAGGACGUGACCGCCACCAAGGGGAACAAUUUCGAGGACUACCUGCUGAAGCGCGAGCUGCUGAUGGGGAUUUACGAGAAGGGCUUCGAGGCGCCGUCGCCCAUACAGGAGGAGAGCAUACCCAUCGCCCUCACGGGCCGCGACAUCCUGGCGCGCGCCAAGAACGGCACCGGCAAGACGGCCGCGUUCGCCAUACCCGUCCUGGAGAGGAUCGACGUGUCCAAAAACUGCAUCCAAGGCAUGAUUCUGGUCCCCACGCGCGAGCUGGCCCUCCAGACCUCCCAGGUGUGCAAGGAGCUGAGCAAGCACAUGGGCGUGGAGGUGGUGGUCUCCACCGGCGGCACCAACCUGAGGGACGACAUCCUGCGCCUGGGCGCCACCACGCACCUCGUGGUGGCCACGCCCGGCCGGAUCCUGGACCUCUCGCGCCGAUCGGUGGCCAAGCUGGACCAGUGCAUCAUGCUCGUGAUGGACGAGGCCGACAAGCUCCUUUCGCCCGAGUUCCAGCCCGUCCUCGAGCAGCUCAUAUCCUACCUGCCGGAGGACCGCCAGAUCCUGCUGUACUCGGCGACGUUCCCCGUCACUGUCAAGCAGUUUAAGGAGAAGUUUCUCAAGAAGCCGUACCUGAUUAACUUGAUGGACGAGCUGACGCUGAAAGGCGUUACUCAGUUUUACGCCUUUGUGGAGGAGAGGCAAAAAGUGCACUGCCUGAACACACUGUUCUCCAAGCUUGAAAUCAAUCAAUCGAUCAUUUUCUGCAACUCGGUCAACCGGGUGGAGCUUCUGGCCAAGAGGAUCACCGAGCUUGGGUACUCUUGCUUCUACAUCCAUGCAAAGAUGCAGCAGAGCCACAGGAACCGUGUGUUCCAUGAUUUCCGAAACGGGGCCUGCAGGAACCUUGUAUCCUCAGACCUCUUCACCCGGGGCAUCGAUGUGCAAUCCGUGAACGUGGUCAUCAACUUUGACUUCCCCAAGAAUGCAGAGACUUACUUGCACAGGGUUGGGAGGUCAGGGCGCUUUGGGCACCUUGGGCUUGCAGUAAACCUGAUCACCUACGAUGACAGGUUCAACCUUUACAGGAUCGAGCAGGAACUUGGCACUGAGAUCAAGCCAAUUCCACCCACCAUUGAGAAGAGCCUCUAUUGUGCUUGA